CUGGGCCCCGCGUCUCUCCCCAUGGCCGGGCGGCUCGUGCUGUGGCUGCUGCUCGGGCUGGGCCCGGCGGGCGGCGCCCACAUCAAGAAGGCGGAGGCGGAGGCCCCGCGCUACCUGCACGCGGCCGAGCUGGGCGCGGCGCUGCGGGCGCUGGCCGAGGGGGCCCCGCCGGGCCUGGCCCGGCUCUUCAGCAUCGGGCAGUCGGUGGAGGGGCGGCCGCUGUGGGUGCUGCGCCUGACGGCGGGGCUGGAGCCCGGGGCGGGCCCGGCCGGGGCCCCGAUCCCCGGCCGCCCGCAGGUCAAGCUGGUGGGGAACAUGCACGGCGACGAGCCGCUGGGCCGGCCGCUGCUGCUGCGCCUGGCCCGGGAGCUGCUGGCCGCCUGGGCCCGCGGGGACGCCCGCGCCGGCCGCCUGCUCAACGCCACCGACCUCUACCUGCUGCCCAGCCUCAACCCCGACGGCUUCGAGCGGGCCCGCGAGGGCGACUGCGGCGGCUCGGCCCCGGGCGGCCGCGAGAACAGCCGCGGCAAGGACCUGAACCGCAGCUUCCCCGACCAGUUCGGGGCGGCCCAGCCCGACCUGGGGCCCGUGCCCGAGGUGCGGGCCCUGAUCACCUGGAUGCAGCGCAACAAGUUUGUGCUCUCUGGGAACUUGCAUGGGGGCUCUGUGGUUGCGAGCUAUCCCUAUGAUGACUCUCCCAUGCACGAGCCCAAUGGAAUCUAUAGCAAAUCAGCUGAUGAUGAAGUGUUUAAAUACCUGGCAAAAGCCUACGCUUCGAACCACCCGAUAAUGAAAACUGGCACCCCAAACUGCCCGGGGGAGCAGUUUGAGACAUUCAAGGAUGGCAUCACUAAUGGAGCUCAUUGGUAUGACGUCGAAGGGGGGAUGCAGGAUUACAACUACGUUUGGGCCAACUGCUUUGAGAUCACCUUGGAGCUGUCCUGCUGCAAGUACCCAAUGGCGUCCCAGCUUCAGCAGGAAUGGGAGAAUAACCGGGAAUCUCUCCUCACCUUCAUUGAGAAGGUCCACAUGGGAGUAAAAGGGUUUGUCAGGGAUUUGGUCACAGGGUCUGGCCUGGCAAACGCGACCAUUGCUGUUGCUGGCAUCGAUCAUAACAUCACAGCGGGCAGAUUUGGUGACUACCACAGACUGCUCGUGCCUGGAACAUAUAACAUCACAGCAGCUGUCAUGGGUUAUGUGCCAAUGACUGUAGAGAACAUUGAGGUGAAAGAAGGGGCUGCAACUGGGGUAGACUUCUCCCUGCAACCUGCUGUCCUGGUACCUGUUCCUGACCCUACGCCAGCUGCCGCCACUCCUGCCCCAGGCUCUGCUGUUAAUGCCACUGCCACAGCGAGGGCAGCAAGCCCGACUUCUCUCCACCAGCCGCUCCAGCCUGAGGACUUUCGCCACCACCACUUCCCUGACAUGGAAAUCUUCCUGCGGCGGUACGCCAGCGAGUACACCAACAUCACCCGCCUCUACUCGGUGGGCAAGUCAGUGGAACAAAGGGAGCUGUACGUGAUGGAGAUAUCGGACAACCCAGGCAUCCACGAGCCAGGUGAACCAGAGUUCAAGUACAUUGGGAAUAUGCAUGGGAAUGAAGUAAUAGGCCGCGAACUGCUUCUGAAUCUCAUCGAUUAUCUCUGCAAGAACUUUGGAACGGAUCCUGAAGUAACAGAGUUGGUCCUUAACACCCGAAUCCAUAUCAUGCCCUCUAUGAACCCUGAUGGCUAUGAAAAAUCCCAAGAAGGAGACAGAAGCAGCACAGUUGGCAGAAACAAUAGUAACAACUAUGACCUGAACCGAAACUUCCCAGACCAGUUCCUCCCAAUGACCGACCCGCUGCAGCCAGAGACUCUCGCUGUCAUGAACUGGCUCAGGGCCUUUCCGUUCGUACUCUCGGCAAACUUGCAUGGAGGUUCUUUAGUGGUUAAUUACCCCUUUGAUGAUGAUGAGAAAGGAAUAGCCAUCUACAGUAAAUCACCGGAUGAUGGUGUGUUUCAGCAGCUUGCACUUUCUUAUUCCAAGGAAAAUACUCAGAUGUACCAGGGCAGCCCUUGUAAGGACAUGUACCCCAAUGAGUAUUUCCCCCAUGGCAUCACUAAUGGGGCUCACUGGUAUAAUGUUCAAGGUGGGAUGCAAGAUUGGAACUACUUAAACACAAACUGUUUUGAAGUGACCAUUGAGUUAGGCUGUGUGAAAUACCCAAAUGCUGAAGACUUGCCAAAAUACUGGGAGGAGAACCACCGAUCUCUGCUCCAGUUCAUAAAACAGGUUCACCAGGGUGUCAAGGGAUUUGUGCUGGACGCCACAUCCAGAAGGGGCAUCUCAAAUGCUACUAUUAGCGUUGCUGACAUCGACCACCCUGUCACCUCUUACAAGGCUGGAGACUACUGGCGCCUGUUGGUUCCGGGGUCGUACAAAAUCACAGCCUCUGCCCGAGGGUAUAACCCGCUCACCAGGACUGUGACUGUCGGGGACAGAGGCGCGGUGCAAGUCAACUUCACUCUUUCACGAACAGAUUCCAAAGUUGAGGAGGGAAAGAUCCCGGUCCUCACCAAUGAAGACACUAGUGAUCCGUCUACCAAGGAGUUUGAGACCCUAAUCAAAGACCUCUCUGCUGAGAACGGAUUGGAACGCCUCGUGCUAACCCCUUCCGUGGACGUUUCUCCCUACCGCUACCGUCCAUACAAAGACCUGUCUGACUUUCUUAGAGCCCUCCACUUGAACUACCCUCAGAUCACAAAUCUCACUAACUUGGGUCAUAGCGUUGAGUACCGUCAAAUGUGGUCCCUCGAAAUAUCCAACAAACCCAACCAGUCUGAACCCGAGGAGCCCAAGAUCCGCUUUGUUGCUGGUAUCCAUGGAAAUGCUCCUGUUGGCACAGAACUGCUCCUGGCGUUGGCAGAGUUCCUUUGUGUGAACUACAAAAAGAAUGCAGCCAUCACCAAGCUGAUUGACAGGACAAGAAUUGUGAUUGUGCCAUCCCUAAAUCCAGACGGGCGUGAGACCGCUCAGGAGAGAGACUGCACAUCCAAGACUGGCCAAACCAAUGCUCAUGGCAAAGAUCUGGACACAGACUUCACAAGCAAUUUCUCCUCCUACUCUGGGAUAGGAGAGCCGGAGACCAAAGCAAUCAUUGAGAACUUGAUCCUGAAGCGAGAUUUCAGCCUCUCUGUUGCACUGGAUGGUGGAUCUCUGCUUGUAACUUACCCAUAUGAUAAACCUGUGCAGACAGUGGAAAAUAAAGAGACUCUGAGACAUUUGGCAACUCUGUAUGCAAACAACCAUCCCUCAAUGCAUCUAGGUCAGCCUGGGUGUAAAAAUGAGUCAGAUAACAUUCCAGGAGGGGUCAUCCGGGGGGCAGAAUGGCACAGUCACCUGGGCAGUAUGAAGGAUUUCAGUGUCACUUUUGGCCAUUGCCCUGAGAUCACAGUGUAUACCAGCUGCUGCUACUUCCCAAGUGCUGGACAGCUCCCUAAUCUGUGGACAGAGAAUAAGAAGUCUCUCCUUAGCAUGGUUGUGGAGGUUCAUAAGGGAGUCCAUGGAUUUGUCCAAGACAAGAGUGGCAAGCCAGUGUCUAAGGCAGUCAUUGUACUCAAUGAAGGUGUGAGAGUGUACACAAAGGAAGGUGGUUAUUUCCAUGUGCUGUUGGCUCCGGGGUUACAUAACAUCAGUGCCACAGCUGAAGGAUAUCAGCAGAAGCAUGUCUUGGUGCAGGUACGCCAUGAUGCCGCCAGCUCCGUGGUGAUCGUGUUUGACAUGGAUAACAGGAUAUUUGGCCUUUCAAGGGAGCUCGUGGUGACUGUAGCAGGUGCCACCAUGUCAGCUAUGGUCCUCACAGCCUGCAUCAUUUGGUGCGUCUGCUCCAUCAAGUCCAACAGGCACAAGGAUGGUUUCCAUCGCCUACGGCAGCACAAUGACGACUACGAGGACGAGAUCCGCAUGAUGUCCACCGGCUCUAAGAAAUCCCUCCUGAGCCACGAAUUCCAGGAUGAGACAGACACUGAAGAAGAAACAUUGUACUCUAGCAAACACUGAGACACCAAGUGGAAAGGAAAGCUCCCUAUGGACAAGCCCUACAAUGGGGGCUGCUCUUACGCUUCAGAGAUCUGGAACGUUAGCUUGCAGAAUAUGUAAGCUCCAGAGACGUGGGUGGCAGUUCUCAACCUCCCGUGUGUUUUUUUGCUCCAUUCCUACUUAUGCACUUGUCAGCUGAUGUCAGAGGCUGUGAACACUGUCAUGUUUCUAGGUCAGGGGUUGGAGUUCCAUAUAAUGGAAACACGUGGAAGGCAACUUAUUAGUGUGUUCUGGCAUCAAGACUUGCUAGCAGUUUUCUCGAUGGUCCAGCCUGGCGCAGGGAAAGUGGAGUAAUUACCAAAUGCCUGGUGGGGUCCAUUGUUCUCUAAGCUUUAAAGCCAUUAUUUAUCUUUACUUUUUUUAUUCUUUUCACUCUCUACAUUUUGGGGAAGCCUUGGUCAGUUAUGGGCAAGACUUCAGCUGUGCUGCCAGUGAGUGGCUUUAGAAAUGGACAAUGAGCUCGGCUUUUGGUUGCUCCAUCCCACUCCAAGGGUGCAGAGGGCCUGUGGCCUGCUCUGCUCUACUGCAGGCUUCUGAUGCUUCUGAAGUGUUUGCAGGGGAAUAAGUUUUACAGUCAGGCUCCCCAUGAAAUUGCCUCUGUAUUGAAAACUGACAGGUGGAAUAAUCUAGUUCAGGUGUGAGAAGCUCUCCACGCAAAGGGGGAGAGAGCUACAGUUAACUCAUAGGAGUUGGGUGUCUGGUAGCUGUGCAACUCGGCCAUUCUCUAGUUAAAAGAAAAUCCUCAGGUUUAUUUGAACAGUCUUGUACAGAACCCCUCUUGCUUCUGGUUGGCCAUGUAGCCAGCCCAACGACACUUAACAUUGCCUGUCUGAGAAUGGAGACUAGCUAGUAACCCAUGAGUGAGGAGUAACAGCAGCAUGACAGGAUAGCAUGCUAAAAGAGCCACUUGAGGGUUUCCAAGCAGAUGGUGGUAAUCACUCACUGUGGAUGUUGUCUAAAUGCUGCUAGUCACUAAUGUGCCUGCUCAGCCUUGUUCCUGUCUGCCGGAGUUUGAAAAGCACUUCAACCUGGCCACAGCCCAGUACACACAGCUAGUAUUCUGCAGCAGCGCUGAGCCUGCACAAUCUCUGUGGCUCAGCUUCAGUCUCAAAUACCUGCAAGACUUCAGUUCCUCCCCAGGUCCGUCUGAUACAGAAAAAUACCCAUUACUGACCACUGCUACUGUUAAAAGCUGACCUCUUUGCUCCUGUAUUGAACCCUGAGAGUGCCUGACAUCCAGCCAGCAGCAUGGGCACAUCUCUGCUCAAGGACCACAAGCAGAGUGCCUCUAAAUGUCCCUCCUGCUCUUUCAUAGUUAGAUGGCUGUCAGUGACAAAGGGGGGGUGGGUGGGGGUGUGUGAGAGAAAGAGAGAGAGAGAGAAGAGGGAUGUUUGGAUAGCACGAUGUGUAAACAGGAUCUGAGUGACGCUCUCUGUACAUGAGAGAACACUUGGAGUCAAAACUUACCCAUUGUUGGAGCUAAAAGGCUUCUCUAGAAAGGGAAGAUUCUGUGCCAAGAGGAGCUAAAUCAAACCACCUGACACCUGAUUUCCAGUGCCUUUGGUGUCUUUCCAGUGUGCCUCCCUUUUCUGAGGAGGGAACUAGGGUUCAGCAGCAUGAAGCAAAUGCCGGUAUUGCUCGCUUCCGGAGUAUAGUACUUGCAGGAAUUAGAGGAUGCAGUAAACAGGCCGGGCUCUUGCCUGAAAUGAAUGAUUCACUGGCGGCUCUACUCAGUGUACUGCAGCCUGGAGCGAAGAAGGAAAUCCUCCUCUUGUAAGACACAAGGUCUGAGGUUCUCCAGCCUUUGCUGUAUGCACCUAAUAGGACCUUGCUGCCCUUGUGGAAAUGUAGCUACCAAGGGAACCAGACAGUUUUUAAAUCUGUGUUGUAACCCACCAGUUGUUGCUGAAAUACUAAAUUCUGCAAAAGGUUAAUGGUGUUUGUUCACCACCUUUCCUAGUAGUCUUCCCUCCCCAGCUUCUCUGAGAACUUCAGAUGCUAACAAGUGUUGUGUUGGGGACAGCAGUUCUCUUCCUGCAUUAUUGGGUGGGAGGUAUCUGACUGAAUGCGGGAAGAGUGGGCAUGCAUGUUGGGACCUGUCAGCUGUCUUGUAUUUGUUAUAUGGAACAGAGUUGAUAGUAUUAGGUCUGCAGCUUGGUCCUCUGUCAAGAAGUGGAGCUGUACUGUCAGUAUUCACACGCCUCUCCAGUUACCCAGAGAUUGGAGCUUUAUGAUAUUUACAUCGCCAACUUGUAUUCAAACCAUUCCAUCAGCUACCAUGUCGGGGCGAGUCUCUAGUACAGCACCAGCGUGGCUGUUAGCCCCCCUCCCCAGGGUAUCCAUGUGAAACAUCAGCAAUUCUGACAGGAUGGGUUUGAGUUAGUAGAUGAGCGAGUGUCUCCACUAACAAGAUGUGAACACUGCUGUCUGGGGGUAUGUGAACUGAACUCCGGGUAGAGAGAGCUUCAUUCAGCCCCUUUUCCCUUUUGUAAAACAAGGCUUCAUAUUGCAAAAGUCAGGGGCAAUUCUGCAGAGUGUGAAGCUCUUUAUGCUCCUCUCUCAUGAGAAGAUCAUUGUGGAAAUGUUUUAACAGGGCAUUUCUCAACCUCUUAACAGAACAAUUGGCAGAUAUGCUGUUAAGCAUGUGAUGGGAGCAGCCAGGCUAAGCAGGGAGCUUCUGCCCUUCCUUAUACCCUGUGUUAAGGAGCUGGUGUUGCAUCUUCUCUCACUCUUGCAGGGACCACACAUGUAGCGUGUCAGGUUGCAGCCCUGCUGAAUAAAUGACUUUGCUCUGAUUCUUCGGUUUUCAGCCUAUUAUGCAGGAUCCAGUGGCCUAUCACUCAGUAAGCUUAAGUCUGCCUGAUUUCCAGAGCUUUUGCUUUCAAGGUCAAAAGCAGAUGAGUUGGGGUUUUUAUAUUAAAGUUGACUUCUCAGCCUGAUCUUAAGGCUCUCACUUUUCCUGCUUUGAUACCUGGUUCGGUGUGGGAGUUGGGGCUUCCUCAUUCAUAUGAAGAUGUUCUCCCUCUAAAUCAGACUUCUGCCCCCACAAGCAAUAAAUUAAGAGUCUACAGGCAUUUCAGAGUAUUGUGUUAGCCCUUUUUUCCUCACAGAAUGUGUUCUGAACUAGCUAGGGUAGGUGAAUGCCUGUGAGGUAAGUGGGUGCUAAUUACUGUGUAAAUACCUAUGAGUGAGACUCUUCUAAGCUGCGUGUCGUUGCUUAGAUCUCCCAGGGCAAAGGUGCAGCUCUUCUAUGGCCAUGACAACUGGGUUUUUAACUGCUUUUGCUGAACAAAGUACCCUCUGCACCCUUGUCUGCAACACCCCAUGCCAUCCUUGACCCACCUUUGACAGCCAGUAUCAACAACUCCCCUUGACCCCCUUUCUGGAGGUGCCAGCACCACCUGCAUGCACUUGUCUCUGGAAUGCAUAGGUCCAUGCACUGUGCCUUCAAAAGUAAACUUUUAAAAAGAGACUUCAAAUGGUUGACUUUUAGCUUAAAUAAAAGAAACCAAUCUGUGUGCCAUGUGAGACCGAACUUUCUGUACCAGGCGUGUGCUCUGUUUUUUACAUGUAUACUGAAAUCUAAUACUCUAUUAAAAUUAUUUUGAUGUCUCUUG